CUGCACUGGCUUGAGCUAACAUUCAAAGCAAAUACAAACUCUGACUUCAGGGAUCCUCAGUAAGGAAUGGGUUAAUGAUCUCUGUCCAUGAUGCUGAGAAGGGAGAUUUCAUCCUCUGCAUGUUUCUGCACAGAAAGGAAGAUCUGUAGAUAACUGAGCUGCUGCUUCUUACCUGAAGCUUUUUUGGAAGUUGCCGAUAGCUUGGCAGUCAACAUGCCCACAUUUUCCUGGAGGAAAUGGCCCGUGCCAAGUCUUUUUCAUCCAGAACUCCUCUACCUCCUCUUGAUUCUUUGUGUUUGUGUAACAGCUUGGCCACAUGGCGACAGCUGCCCGAGCUCUGAGUGGAGUGUCAUGUGUCGUCCAUGUUGUGAGUACCACCUGAUCCAGUGUCUGUGUCCCUCCAAAGGGUCAAAGGUGGGAUACACUGUUCCCUGCUGCCGCAACGCUCUGGAUCAGUGUGACCCCUGCAUCUUUCAUCCAGGCUGCAGCCUCUUUGAAAACUGUAAAACAUGCAACAAUGGCACAUGGAGAGCCAAUGACGACUUCUUCAUCAAUGGAAAGUUUUGCACAGAAUGUCGCCAAGGCUGGAGUGGAGGCGACUGUAAAACGUGUGGAGGAGUCAUUCAGCGAUCUCAGGGUCACAUCGCCCUGGAGAGUUACCCGAUAAACGGCCGAUGUGAGUGGGUAGUGAAGGUGGAGAGGGGCAACAGCAUCGAGCUGAGGUUCACCAAGCUCAGCCUGGAGUCUGACCAUAACUGCCGUUAUGACUACGUCGAGGUGCGGGAUGGAGACGAUCUGAACUCUCCUGUGAUUGGCCGGUAUUGUGGGGAUAGGCUGCCUCCUCCAAUGAAAAUCCCUGGGAACGUCUUGCACAUACUGUUCUCUUCUGAUGGCUACAACAACUUUGACGGCUUUGUUCUUACCUUUCAGGAGAGUUCAGUUUCAGCUGUCAAGACUCCUUUGUGUGCUCCACCACAGAGACCACUGAAUGGAUAUUUGCUGCCUGUGUAUAGCCUAAAGGAGCAACUAGUAUCAGUAAACUACCGCUGUCAUUCACCUUUCACACUGAUCGGCUCCCAGCAGAGGACCUGCCUGCCCGGCGGCACAUGGAGCGGCACAGCUCCCACAUGUGUGAGAGGCCAAACAAGCACAGUUCGCUGUCCUCCACCACCCAAAUUGCUCAACGGCUACCACAGGUCUGCUCCUGACUCGGCUGGAGGCGUAGAGACCGUUGAGUUCUUCUGCAAAAAGUCUUACAUUCUCAGUGGGAACCAGCAGAGUUUCUGCCAUCCUAAUGGAACCUGGAGUGGCAGGGCGCCCAAGUGUGUCAGAGUCCCUACAGCAUGUCGCGAGCCCAAAGUGUCCGAUCUUGUGAGACAAAGUGUUGUGAAGCCACGCCAGAUAUCAAGGUACAACAUGGACGAUUUGUUAUCUGCAGGUUUCAUUCCUCUGACCUUUGAUAAACAUUCAAAAGAAGAAGACGUCACCGCUGUGGACCUGCCCCGUGGAUUUCACCCGGUCUACACCAGCAUCGAGUACAAGUGUGCCUCCCCGUUCUACAGGAACACUGGAAGCUCCAGGCGCACCUGUCUAAAGACUGGCAGGUGGAGUGGACGCCAUGUUUCCUGCUCACCAGUUUGUGGCAAAGUCAACACACCUAGUGCACACAACCUCACAGACGCUCAGUGGCCGUGGCAUGCAGCCAUCUAUAUCCGCUCACCUCCUGAUCACACGCCCGGCACCCACAGGCCCCGUGGAAAAACCGUGUCCGUCCAGCAGGGGGCCUCAGAGGAGUCCACAUUCUGGUCUGUGGCCUGCAGCGGGGCUCUGCUCACACAGCGGAGCGUCCUGGUGGCAGCUCAGUGUGUGGCAGACAAGGACAAGCUGCAGACCCUUCACCCAGCACAUGUGAAGGUUGUCCUAGGCGUGCAGCACCAGGGGUCCUCCAAUCGUUUGAAGGGCCUCCAUCACCUAAGGGUUUUAGACAUUUUACUUCAUCCAGAGUUCUCUUCUGCUUCUGACUCUGAUGUGGCUGUCCUCAAGCUUAAAGACAAGGCGAGGAUCAGUGAGCGUGUGCUGCCAGUUUGUCUGCCCAGAGGUCAAGGAGGAGAGGUGACAGUGCAGGAGGCUUACACAGCCAGGUGGAUUGUACCAAACGAUCGCACACACCUAACCAGCUUCACUCCCAGGAGCCAGACUCGACUUGUCGAGCUGGGUGAUGUUGCACAAUGUGAGAAAGCAUUUGUUCAAGGAGGAGCACGUCCCUCAACGAUCAGAGACAACAAUCUGUGUGUCAUUAGGAAGCCAUCCAGUCCUCAGAUUCCCUGUCCCAGUGUUAUUCCUGGCAUUACUGUUGCUCCAGCUGUGUUUUCAUCAACAGGAAGGGAUUCAUCAGGUCAAGAGGAGACUUUUGGAUCCUCCACUACAAACUGGCAGCUUCUUGGUUUGGAGAGUUUUGACUCCGAGUGUCACCAACAGACUUACACGGCUCAGACACGAAUAGCAGGCUUCCUGGAUUGGAUAGAAAAGAACAUGAAGUAGAUUUUUAAGUCUUAAACUUUCAUUCAGCAUAAUUUUAUGUGGUCAAAACCAGUUCUGUAACUCCCACAGUUGGUGGAAAGGUGGGGAUGGAUCUUUAUCUGCCUGCCAGCUGUAUCAAUAUCAUGUGAUGUUAGAACUGGCACUCUACCUGUAUCUGCUCUGUGUGCAUGUUGUUCCACUCCAAACAAACGCACUGUAGCUGCUUAUGAAACACCCACACUCUCCUAAUCUUUGAAUGUAUUCUCACGUCUCUAGGGCGUUGUUUUGAAGAGGGAAAGGGAAGAUUGCUUUCCAGAAAACAAAGAAAUCAAAGCUGCUUUUCUGUACCAUCAAAAGUCCUAGAUUGGUCAAUAUGUUGCUGAAAUCCAUCCAGAUGUUGGUGGCAUUAUUACUCGCAGGAUAAAAUAUU